AUGGCGCCUGCCGCCUCUCCCGCUCAUGCCUCGUCGAAAGACCAGCGUACCUGGCGCCCCGUUAAAGUCAUGAAUAUGGGCGACUUGUCCAAGGACGACGACUUUCUCAGCCAUCUGCUCGUCGAGAAGCUCGGCACCGGCGCAGUGCCUUUGCUCGUGCACAAGAUGGAUUCGUCACGUAGGCUACCCAAGUGUGAUGCCCAGAGCUUGUUGAGGAUAGUGCGACGCCUUGUUGUUGUAAAGGGGCCUGUUCAAACCGCCACACGCCAAGCUGUCGACGAGCUACUCCUCCUGGUACCCAUUCGUUAUUACUUUGAGACUGAGGGCUACGACAACCAUCAAAUCAACGCGUUUGCCACUCAUGCAUCGCGGUAUUUCGAGCUCUAUCAUCCUUCUGGCUCCAUCGAGAUAUCUCAUACCUCUCGCUACUCGCAUAGGACCGGCAAGUCCGAGCUCUGCAUCUUAGCGACACGCAAUCUCCCCACUGGCACCGUGAUAACCGAACUAAAGGGCUCCAUGGCCAACCUUAGCGAGGAGGAAGACCGAGAACUCAAACGUACCGACCUUGUAAACUCAGACAUUCGCAGGGAUUUUAGUGUCAUCCAUUCGAAGUCUAUGAAGAAGAACCAUCUGUUCUUGGGGCCGGCCCGAUUUGUCAAUCAUGAUUGCGACAAUAACUGUGAGCUUUUUCGUGAGGGACGGUACAUAACGUUUCGUACUCUACGGCCAAUAGCCAUCGGGGAGGAGAUAACUGCACAUUAUGGCGAUAGUUACUUCGGCCGGCGGAAUAAGCAUUGUCUAUGCGAGACAUGCGAAAAGAAGGGUAGAGGAGGAUAUGCCCCCGAUCAAGACGACGACGACCCUGCUUCUGAUUCUGACUCUGAUAUCGAUGAACGCGAUGUAGCCGAAAACGGCGAAGAAGGGGCCCCUGUGGAUGUCAACCUGAACGAAAGACGCACUCGCCGUGGUGUCUAUGCCAUUUCAAGCCGACAGAAUGAAUCAGACGAAAGUGAGGAAGAAGGGGAUGAUGCCAUACCUCUUGCCGAUGCGAAGAAUAUUCCAGAUGAAGCCGAGAUUGAGAUAACGACCGAAAUCGAAAGCGAGUCUGACCUCACCUCUCUGACUACAGGCGUAGCAAAUGACGAGCACCUGUCCUCGCUGUCUUCAAUUCCGACCUCUCCCCUAACGCCUUCCCGGUCUUUGUCUUCUCUCAGCUCUCUCACGUCAGUAGAAGAUAUUUCUGCGCCCCCGCCACCGACCACGCCACAAUCAUCCAAGUCAACUCCAUACCGAUCCAUUAUUUCAACUCGACGUCAGAAGGCGCGGGAAGCGCAAGAACAAUCCGGCAGCAAUUCAUCUAGCCCGUCUGUCACAUCCAAGACACCUAUGUCCAUGGCCGAUAAGCGUGAGACGCGUUCUGCCUCCUCUGGGAAAGGCAAAGGCAAGGAAAGGCCUAUUUCAACUCCUUUGUCGACGCCCUCCUGCAGUAGCAAAGGUAAAGAAAAGGCCUCGCUCAAGGAGCAAGUUAAAGUUAAGAAAGAGGAGAGCGAGCCUCGAAUUUUGCGUGCGCGCGCUGCUCCUGCGGCAAGUUCAAAUGACAUUUUGAAGGAACUUCCAAAGUUACCUGAGGUGCCAAGAGAUGCUGAUGGGAAACCCCUUCCAUUGUGUGUUACUUGCCACAAUAUUUUGCCAGUUAUAUCUGUCGAUUCAAAGGUUGUCUGGGGCUUGGGAUUGGAGAUAUCUAGGAAGAAAAAGAAUAAGCAGGAUUGUCCCAGAUGUAUGCGCCAUUUUGCUAUUUAUGGUCAGCCAUGGCCGCGUCGUCUCCCUCUACCAGGGUCCGCUUCAGUGUCCAUUUCAACCCCGCGAGAAGCCUCGCCUCUUGAUUCCACACCCUCCCAUCGUGUAACACAUAAGGCCCUUUCUGUUUUGGACCUCAAACUAGCAGCAGCCGCUUCGGUUUCCCCCCGAGGUCGAAAACGCCGCUCACCGGAGGAUGACCAUCCAUCUAAGCGCCAGAAAGUAGAGCAAGGGGCCGCCAAGUCGCGGUCACUUUCCAAUGUUCCUUCUCGUGGUCGCGCACCACUCAGUGGCGCCCAUAAUCGCGUUGAAAGCGCAAAUGCUGGUGGCAUCGAGAAGCGGCGUAGGGGCAGGCCUCGUUUGCGUAGCCUCCCCCCUAUCAGUGCGAUCGUGAAGCAAGAGCCAGAGGACGAUGAUGUUCUACGGGUUCCACCUGCGCCGUUCAAAGAUCAACCACGAAAUCACAAUGGCCGUUUUGACAAGAAACCCGGCAUGAAAGGCAGCCCGCGUCGCCGACAGCCCCAGUCGGUGUCUACUCCCAUUUUAUCCAGAGCUCAACGAGCCACUGAGCGAGAAAAAAUGAAGUUGAAGCUGGAGCGGGAACAGGAACGGGAGCACGACACUGUUUCGUUGUCGGAUGGUGAGGGCUCGAAACGUUCUCGUAUCGAUGACGAUGACGAUGAGCACACCAUCAAGAGGACUAAACACGAACGUAAUCCAAAACCUGCUGGCAUGCCAAGUGGUUCUUUCGUGGCAAAUCCAAAUCCUCAGACCUUUGCCAUGUCGAAAUGGAAAACCCGGUGGAGCCCAGGUGCUACCAGUGAGUCGUCCGAAGAAAGUGAUAAAGGUCCUGUCACCCCGGAUGAUCAUUUUUCUCCUGAACCUGAUGUCCGCAUAAGCGUGAAUUGGCUCUCAACGCCCUCAUCAGUCGCGUUGACGUUCAAACCUACGCCUGGCAACUUCGCGAGGCAUAAAUUGGCACUAACGUUCUCGAAUCCUUCCAUGGACGGGGGAUCUGGGGAUGCCAUGGAACCGGAUGCGUCGUCUUCGUCUUCUUCCACUGAGAGCGACCAACCUCUCCACGCGGGGUUGGAUGCGGUGUGGAUGCAGGAAGGGGUACGUCGAUAGCCGAUGUUAUCUGAGAUCGUUCUUGGACUAAUGAGCGGAUGGUUUAGGCCUGUGACCCAAAUCAGAUAUCUGAAAUCGAUGGUUUUGGUCGACUUCAGCACAUAUACACUGCUAUCCCAUCUCCG